GAAUAACGCCAUCUUCUUUUGCACCUCGAUGCAUUCCGUCCGUUUUCUCCAUCUCAAUAUUCCAUCCCCAAAACAUCCUUCUAAGAAUUUUGCUUCGUCUGUGCCUGGGAGUUUGAGUACUUCGACUUAUCACGAAACUCCCCUACACAAUCUUGCAGAUGUUGCAGAUUUGGGUGUGGAUUCGAAGGGCACGAACAGUGACAAGAUGCACGAGCUUGAGGAAAUCCUAGAGGACGAAUCUCAGAGUCCAGAUGAGCAGUCUGCUUCCAAAUAUGAGGAGAAUCUGAAGGUUUUUGACAACCCGGUAGUUUUAGAAGUCACUUCAAAACCAACUGAAGACGAGGUGAAGGACUUUGAGAAGUUGAGGGCUCAUGAGAUGGCCACUGAGGACAGGCAUUUUGAUUCCUUGAGUAGUCUAGUUUCACAGCCUGGGAACUUUAAGGUCACUGGAACUUCUUUCACGACUUCUGUUGGCAGUAAGACUCUGGCUGAUAACAGCCUGAAUGUGAACCACUUGGUUUCCGGCCUCAGUGGACUAAACUUUGGUCCUUCAGAACACAACAGUCUUUUGAAUGAAGGAGUUAGUCAUGGGAUACUGGAACCCCAAGAUCUUCCUCCUGUCAAUGUGAAUGCCAAUGCUCAAAACCACUUUCAUGUUCUAAAUGUCAGUCACCAUCUUAGUCCAAUCGGUGAUUUGAACCUAAAUUUCAACAGUUCUAACACUAACUCUUCUAGCAAUACUGGUAAAGAAUGUUUCGCGACGACCUCUAAGGAUGGCUCUCAUAAUACUGAGUGUUACUGCUCUAAACAAAACGACUGUAGAUGCACCAAGAGUUUUGUCAUGGUCUCUUCUUUUUGUGACACUAUUAUCAACGACAAUUUUUUCAAUGAAUUUUGUUUUUACGACGUAAAGUCCGAUCUUCGUAACCAUGACCAUGGCUUUUCUAAGAAGUUUGGUGAGGCUGUUUAUGACGCAUUCCUAAGCCUUAAAAGCGGCCUUUGCAACAAUGUGACUUUGAACUACUGCAGGGAGGUACUUAAAUUAGAAGAAUUAUGUCAAUGUUCCAAGUGUCGGUAGGUUGACAAAAUGUCAAACAAUACCUAUACUAGUUUAUUUUCAUUGUUCUUACCAAAUAUGACUCAAACAGGACUGACAGGUGAUUAAGGUGAUAUCCUUUAUCAAAAUACUCAAGUAUGGGUUUCG